AGAUGUAAAAAUUGCAGAAUUGAAAAGAGAGCCUUACUCAUCAGAACUACCUAUUCACACUUGACCUCAGCAUGGGCGCCGAUAUGCAGUCUAGCUCUGCAAUAACACGUCUGCAACAGACCCAAAGACAUAUCUGCCCUGAGUGCCCCCAAGCCCCGACCCAGAAGGAAUCCAUCGUUCACGGACCAACGACCCCGGCGCUAUGGGAGAUUACGCUAGCUGAGCUCCUCGAAUUUCAAUGUAUAGAGCAUGCUGGCCGUGAGUGCCUCGUUGUUCCGUGGACGAAUACAAGAUGGACAUAUAGACAGCUACAAAUGGAGAGUGAGCGGCUGGCGCGAGGCUUGCUCGCAAAUGGAAUCCAGCAUGGUGACCGUAUUGGUAUUAUGGCAGGAAACUGUGAGCAAUAUGUUUCACUGUUCUUUGCUGCUGCAACUGUUGGGGCGAUUUUGGUGGUUAUCAAUAAUACAUACACGAAGGCGGAGUUGAUGUAUGCGUUGGAACAUACAGCCUGCAAAAUGCUGUUUAUAUCACCGACCAUUGGUCGUCAUUGUUUGGAAGAAGCUAUCAAUUACCUCGAGAAUCGAGAUCGGUCACAUUCUCUUCCUGGCCUCAAUGAAGUGGUCAUUAUCCGUGGACAAUACCAUAAUUUGAAGACAUAUGAGGAUGUUAUACUUGAAGGACGAGGUGUUUCGCGAAAUGUAGCAUACCGGCAUACCAACGUCGUCAGUCCGUAUGAUGUAUGUAACUUGCAAUUCACGAGUGGAUCAACAGGGAACCCGAAGGCAUCGAUGCUAACCCACCACAACCUUAUUAAUAAUUCCCGUUUUAUCGGCGAUCGCAUGGACCUGACGUCUUCCGAUGUUCUUUGUUGUCCACCUCCUCUAUUCCAUUGCUUCGGCCUUGUGCUGGGUCUACUGGCCUGCGUCACUCAUGGCGCCAAAGUCGUCUAUCCUGGGGAAACAUUUGAGCCAGCUGCUGUUCUUGAUGCAAUCUCAAAAGAACAAUGUACCGCCAUCCAUGGUGUGCCUACCAUGUUUGAAUCAAUCUUUGCGGUAUCCCGACCUGAAAAUUUUGACUGUUCCCGUUUGCGAACAGGGAUCAUCGCUGGCGCACCGGUCCUUUACUCUCUCAUGCAAAGAUUGGUAGCAGAGCUAAACAUGACCGAGUUUACCAGUAGCUACGGACUGACCGAAGCAUCGCCCACGUGCUUUAAUGCGUUCACACAUGACUCGAUCGAGCGACGAUUGACUACCGUCGGCAGGGUAAUGCCUCAUGCUAGCGCUAAAAUCAUUGACCCAAAAACCGGACGAACACUUCCAAUUGGCGAGCGAGGAGAACUGUGCAUGAGCGGUUAUCAAGUACAUAACGGAUACUGGAAGGAUCCCCAAAAGACAGCAGACACACUACUUCGUGAUGAGGAUGGAAGGGUAUGGUUGCGGACUGGUGAUGAGGCAGUCUUUGAUGAAGAUGGUUAUUGCACCAUUACUGGGAGAUUCAAGGAUAUUAUCAUCCGAGGGGGAGAGAACAUAUAUCCUCUCGAGAUUGAGGAAAGACUUGGACGCCAUCCAGCGAUCUCUCAUGCCGCUGUAAUUGGAAUCCCGGAUGGCCAUUAUGGAGAAGUUGUGGGUGCCUUUAUUGAACUCGAGCUUGAUAUCAAGGCAUUGCCGUCUGCGGAAGAAUUGAGAGAUUGGACGCGAGAGACUCUGGGAAGACAUAAAGCGCCACGGUACAUAUUUGCUUGCGGAUCGCACGAGUUGCUUCCAAGAGUAAUACCGCAGACUGGAAGUGGAAAGGUUCAGAAGCAAGUGCUGCGCGAGUUGGCUCACAAAUUGAUAGAACAGGGUAGAACAGAGACCCUGCUUGCAUGA